AUGGCCAUCAAUAUCCCCCAUCUAGUCGAGACUGGAGCCUCAAAACAGCUCAUGGUCAAAGGGAAGCCGUUUUUGAUGCGGGCUGGCGAGCUUCAGAAUUCGUCCAUGACAUCGCCUGAAUACAUGGAGCCUGUUUGGCAAAAGAUGGUAGACACAAAUAUCAACACGUUGCUUGGCUGCGUGACCUGGGAAAUGAUUGAGCCAGAGGAGAACAAGUUCGACUUCUCUGUCUUGGAUGAGAUUAUCCUGGCGGCGCGCAGACACUCGAUGCACCUAGUUCUGCUUUGGUUCGGCUCCUUUAAGAACGGACUCUCCACGUAUGUGCCGGCCUGGGUUAAGACAGACACACAGCGAUUCCCCCGCGCCAAACUGCGCAAGGCCGGCGGUCGCCUCGAGACUGCCGACGUUCUGUCGCUCUUCCACCCGGAGGGUCGCAAGGCCGACGCAAAGGCAUUCAGCCAACUAAUGACCCAUUUGAGGGACUUCGACGAGUCUCAUUCCACUGUUUUGAUGGUUCAAGUCGAAAAUGAAAGCGGGUUGCUUGGCGACUCCCGAGAUGGGUCCGAGAUGGCGGAUGCGGCAUUCCACGAGCCAGUUCCCGACGAACUCCUCCAUUUCCUGUCGUCAAACUGGGAGCACCUGAAUCGAGACAUCAAAGAGCAGAAUCUUACACAUUUCAACUGGCAGAAUUCUUCUACUGGUAAGAAUGAAAACUGGGAGACCGUAUUCGGUUCCAGUCCCCGAACAGACGAGCUAUUCAUGGCAUAUCACUACGCGCUCUACCUGAACCAUGUUGCUACGGCUGGAAAGAGCGUAUAUCCUAUCCCUCACUACACGAACAUGUGGAUGAACUAUGCUGGUGAGGAUUCGGAUAACGACUUCCCCGUUGUUGUCGGCGGAGGCGGCAUGCCGGGUGACUAUCCUUCUGGCGGCGCCGUGAGCAAUGUUAUGGACAUAUGGAUGGAAUUUGCGCCCGCAUUAGACUUCCUUGGUCCCGAUAUCUACCUGAACGACUAUAACGGCUCAUGUGCGAAAUAUCGACACAAGGGCCAACCUCUCUUCAUCCCAGAACAGCGGCGAGACGACCAUGGGGCUCGUCGCAUUUGGAUCGCUUAUGGGACAUACGCCGCUAUGGGUGUAGCUCCUUUCGGCGUCGACACGGUCGACCCCAGUGAGAAUCCCUUUACCAAGCAUUACGGUUUGCUCAAAUCCGUUUCAGCCAUCGUCUUGGAGGCCCAACGUCAACCGAACAAAUCAGUCGGUUUCUGCUUUGAUGAAUUGCCGGAGGGUGUUUUGACGCACGACGCCUCCACCUCUGUUCGCCGAGUCUGGGCAAACUUUGAGAUAAUCAUCGAGCCGUGUUUUGUAUUUGGCAAAUCGGGAACAGGCGCCGGGAUGGUGAUAGACCGCGGCCAGGGAAAGUUCUUGCUCAUUGGUUGGGGCUUCCAAGUACGUGCCAUAGCGAUCGACCCUAACAGCUCUUUCACUGGCAUCCUCAAGUUCGAGGAAAAGGCCGUUGAGGAUGAAGAAACAGGUCGAUUACGAACGGUGCGGGCUCUCAACGGCGACGAGACAAGAAGCGGAAGCUUUGCCAUGAUGCCAAAUGAGGACCCUGACUAUGGUGGCUUUCCUAUCUCCGUGACUAUUCCAGCAAGGACUAUGAUCGCUGAGGUAACUUUCUACUCUGUAUUUGAGUAG